AAAGCAAAAGAAAUACAAGAAAAACGAGCGUCAAACCGAAACGAAACGACGAUAGGAAAAAUUUUACCUACUACACAUUUUAAUUAAAAUUAAAUAAAACUACAGUAAAUUAAAAGAAAAAACUUAUGAAAAAUAGCAAACAUAUAAAGAUUACAUAAGAAUUUUACAAAAAACUCAAAUAAGCUUAAUUGCUAUUGGAAUUAAAGCUAAAAAAGAAAAAAAACUACAGUGACAAAGACCAAGCCAAAGGCAAGAAAAAUUAUACUUAAAUGUGUGUGUUGAAAAUUAAAUCAUUUUUUAAACAGCGAGACAAAAAUAAUUAAAGUUAUAUGCUGGCUUUUGAAAAUAAAAUUAGCUACGUUUCAUUUAAACAACUAUAGAUAAAAUUACGAAAUUGAAAAACGUUUAAGAUUUUUUGAGAAAAAACUAUAGAAAAAAGACUAGGCAUUAAAUAAAAAAAACAAAGAGCAAGCAAAAGAAGUGAUAAAUUUAAAGAGAAAAGAGUAUGAAGUAAAAAAUAGACAUCAUUUAUAAAAGUGUAAUUAUUUAAAAUCAAAUGUACAUACAUGCCUACAAAGUGCAAAUAAAUGUAACCAACCAUUUUCUAUAAAAAUAACCAGAAAUAUUACAAAGAAUACAAAUUCAAUUUAUUUGUUUCUUCUUUGCUUUGCUCGUGAGUGUAUAUGCGAAUCGUACGAAUGUAUUAAAUUUAUAUACAACUAUUUAAACAGCGGAACAACAACAUCGGCAGAAAAACAUCAAUUGUGUGGGGACUUUCUUUUUGUUUGUUUGGAUGUUUUUUUAUACGAGUGUGUUGUUUUCCUUUUAACGAAAUCAAUGUAUGAGAGUAGAGUGAGGCCCAUAAGAAAAUGUCACAUUUGCCUUUGGAUGCACGCGCCAUUUUGCAUUAUUUAAAUGAAUUGGGCUACAGAAAUAUAUCAGCCACACAACUCAAAGAAUUUUUAAAAGCCAUAUUGCGCUUAAAGGUAUGCAACCACAAUCGGAAAUCAACAGUAAAUGCAAAUUUAAAAGUCAGCAACAGCAGCAGCAACAAUUGCCAACAACACCUACUACAAGAAACACAACAACCAGAACAACAGCCUCUGCUUCAAUUUUACAACAAACCCCAACAACAACAGCUACAGCAGCAGCCACUGCAAUUGCAUCUGAGGUUACAAAACGCAGUCCUGCUGUAAAAGUAGUUAAAUGUAAGAAACCUUUGUGUCAUUUUAAAUUUUACUUGGAUAUACGUGAUCAUCAACUAACCAAACGCAUAGAGGAACAAAUCAAACUACUGGGGGGUUCGCUAGAGUUUUUUCUAACUCCCAGUGUUACACAUUUUGUUACUGAUAAACCAAUAGCGCCGGCAAACAAUAACAGCAACAACACAAACAACACCAGUUGUCCGGGUACGCCACAAACACCCCAAACACCACAGACUCCCCAGACGCCCUACUCGUUGGAUUGUUUAGUGGACUCAGCGAAACAAAAUAAUGGACUUGCCAAGAAGCCCAUUAGGAAUUCAAGAGCUGAUGCCAUAUUAAAUAGAGCGCGUAGAUUGAGCACUAUUAACGUAUCCACGCCCACCACCAGCCAUUAUCAUCAGAGCAAGGGUUCGGCCAUAGAACCGAUCAGCUCUGUUACACCUCUAAAACAUAAACAUAGUUUGGCUAAUAAUGUUACUGGCACUCCACAGCUCCCAUAUGUUGUCUGGCAAUGUGAAAUCGCUUUAAGAUUUUUCAAAAAAGUACAACACGAACUUAAAGAUUAUUUGGAUCAUUCAAGUAAACCGAUUAGCAAGUCUUAUGCCGUAGAACCUAUAAGUCUUAAGGGUGGCUAUAUAAAAUUUGAAUCGCUAAAGCGUAACUAUAGGCCGUACUAUCAUCUAAUUAGGAAACCACAAGAGUGGCCUAAAAUCCAAUUGAGUCGAGAGGACGGUGCUUUUAGACUGUCGCCCAAGAAGGAUUUGCCGCCCAAAGAUAUUGCGGAAACUGAACAAAAUUGCCAAACUUUAGACGGCGCUGCGUUGCUCGACAAUAUGACACGUAAAUCCCGUACAAAAUCAUCACAAAAUCACCAUAACAAUUUGAAAAAUAAUAAAGACAACGAUCUUAUAAAGUCACCAGCCAACUCCCAAAAACAAUCGGGCAAGUGCAAAAAUCAAACUCCCCAACAGCAAAAAGAUUCCAGCGAUAAACAGUGUGGCGUUUGUGAAAUAUGUAAAAUAGAGUAUGAUGCUCUAACGAUACAUCUGAAAACAAAAGAUCAUGAAUAUUUUGCCAAAAAUUCACAGAAUUUUAUAGCUCUAGAUUCGUUGAUUCAUUCCUCGGCCGAUGUAAACAAGUUUUUGGAUGAGAAUAGAAAACUGGAAAUAAAAACUGAACUGGAAGAAAUGGAAGUUGAUCACGACGGUCUGAUGUGUAUUGAACAAGACCCAUUGGAAAAUACUGAUGAUGAACAUGAACAUCAAAACGAUGAAGAUGACGAAGAAGAAGAAGAGGACGACGAUGAUGAUGAAUCAGAGAAAUCCUCUUCGACUAACAAACGCAAGUCGGUUGAACCUAAGAUGGUUUCUCCCACUUUAAGAGAAAAAUCAAAGAGAUCCACUAAAGGUAAACACUCCUCAGAGAAGUUUAAGAACUGUACACUUACUACUGCUGGAAAAUCACCAAAGACUCCUAGUCCUCAGAAGCCUUUAGCUGCACUGGAUGUUAAGACCCCCUUGGCGAGGAAAAAAGCAUCUUCUACAGCUGCUAUAUCACCGCCCAUACGUGCCAUGUUGCCGCCUAACUCUUUGUACAAGGUGGUAGAAACCCAUAACGAAGUGAAUUGUACACCACCUCGGGGUAAAGGUUUAGCGGCUGGUUUACACGAUGACUCCAAGGCCGUAGGUUCUCCCUCGUUAAUAGUGAAAUUCAAAAAAGUACGCACCACAGAACUGCAAGUAUUAAAUGGUGAGGCCGAAAACUUUAUGUUUCCCAAAAAACGCAGUGAUUCCAGCGAUUUGCCCACUGAUAUAGAUCGACAAACCACCUCCGAUCGCAUACAGCAUACGCAGACGUCUCAGCAGAUUUUAUCAUCAUCAUCCUCAUCAUCCGAAGAACAGGAUAACGAUGAGGAUUUUGAAGUUAAACACAGUCAGCCUCAGGUACUACACAAUGGUAAAAAGGCCAUAAUUAAGGGUAAGAGAAGAUUGUCAAAAGUAUGCUCCUCCUCGUCAUCUAAAUCGACGUUGGGAGGGGAAUCUAAACAGUGCUUUCCAAAGACCCCCAUCCAGCCAAAUGAACAACUGAAAAGUGAAACAAAAUCUACAACAGCAAUAAGCGGAACAAUGAAAAGAAAACCACUACCGUUGACACAAAAUCACAUAGCAAAAACACCGAAUGUAACAGCGGUAGUGAGCGUUUCCAAUAAAAUCGUAUUGCCAGAGGCUACCAGAAAAAGUAGUCGUACAGCAACUGCGAUUGUAACAGCAGCCACCACAAGUACUCGCUUGUUACAAGCUGCUGUUGAGGCAGCUAAAAGCAAGCACAAAUUGGAAAUAUCAACAAAAUCGAAACUGCCACCACCUCCUCCUCCUGCUGCUCCUUCUAGGCAUUAUAAAACAGCUAAGAAACAAGAAAUAAAGCAGGAACCGAAAGAUGACUCUGAAGAAGAAGAGGAAGAGGAUGAUGAGGAUGACGAUGGCAAUGAUGAGUUGCAUAGAAACACAUCUAAGUCUAGACAAUUGCGUUGUAGCCGUAGAUCAGUUGUAAAAAUGGAGGAUAGGAUGGGGGAUUCAAAUAAAAAGCCUCAAAAGUCUUUAAAUUAUAAGAAACUAAUACAGGGUUUCGAUAUGGAUGACUACGAAGAUGAUGAUGACAUUACCAUUGAUGGCGAUGAGGACGACGACGAAAAUGAUGAAGAUUUUAUUGUACAAACACCCAAAGUGAAAACAAAAUUAUCAACGGUAACACCAAAAAAAACAGCAAAUGCUUCUUCAUCUGAUGCAACACAUACUGUAGCAAUAAAAUCUUCAUCUAAGACUAGACUAUCCAUACAAACACCCACUCAGCUGAAUUUGUCGGUGCGUGAAGAGCGUUUAGCUAGACGCCAAAGUCGUCUAAUUACUCAAUUGCAAUUAGAACUACAAACUGGUUCGGAAGAGGAGCAAGUAAACGUGAUAACUAAGCCGAAGGUUGUUGAGAAGAAACCCGAAAGGAUUUCGAUAGAAAAAGCUCCUAUAACAACAAAAACAACUAUAAAACCAGCAAAAUCCGUCGAAACUCCUCCUAAGAAAUCGGUCUUAAAAGUUACAUCGCCAAUAAAGCAAGAGUCUUCUUCGCCUUCGUCUCGCUAUUUCGACUAUACCAAAAGUGAACGCCUAAAAGCAAUACGCUAUGCCUUUGAACGUCUGCCAGAUACGGAUCUGUGGUACAGGGUCUACAAACGCCAGGACAAUUGUGAAGAGAAAUAUUUUGAAUAUUUUGGAUCAACCAAAUACCGAAAACUGCCCUAUGAAUUGGGACCUAUGCCAUUUGAAACCACACUCUUGGAUAACAACAAAAAGAAAAUGUGCUGCAAACUUUGCCAGGAUGGACAACAGAAAAAGGAAGGUGACAAGGCUCAAAAGAUGCACGUGCGCAGAGAUUUAAAAUUAGAUUUAAAAAAACAAAUUAAUGAGGCCCUCAACAACACAAACACUCCGGAAUCUCAGGAAGAUCAUAACUGUACGUCAUCUUCAGCGCACGAAAAACAACAGCUGCAACUUCAAGAUCCAAACAAUACCAGCCAUGAACAAGACCAAGAACAUUCCAAAUCAAAUUGCUCUUCUUCUAAUAACGUGGAAUCGAAGUCGUACGCUCACAAACACAAAAAAAUGCACUUGUUGCAACGUUAUCGUCAGGAAUUGGAACAGCAGGAGCUAAUGCAACGUCAGAAACUGGAAGAUCAAGCGAAAGGUACACGAAAUGAUAGUCGAGUGCUAAGUGGCAUUGGCGAAAUUAAAACAGAAGUUGAAAGCACCCAAGAUUGUUUGCCCUCAAGACAUGACCGAGCGGGUUCUACCCACAGCAAUGCCAGCAGCAGUGCCAGCAGUACAAACGCUAAUGUGGAGCGUAAAUGGAAGAAAAUGGGUGCCAAACUGGCUAAACUGUCAAUGCUAGCCAAUUUGGAAUUGCCGCCUAGAAAAUCUCCAAGGGAACAUGCCUCAACUUUGGCUUUAGUUAGUUGUAUAAUUAAACAGCGACAGGAUUCGCUGAGUAAACCAAAUUCGGAGACAGAUGAGCCGCCCACAACACCCACAGAAACAGAAUCCAAAAUCUUAGCAAUGGCAGCGGAACAACUAAGAGCUAGCGAGGUCGUAGAGAAAGAGCCUCCGAAAACACCGCCACCUUCGGCAAGAAAUACGACAGAAGAAUCUCCCGCUCCUAUUAUCAUAAAUUCUCCACGUACAAGAUCACAAGCUGCUACGCCCAUCGAGGAAUUGCGUUUCGCCACCGAAAUAUCGGAGACGGUGAAACGCAUGAGAAGGGGACGAAAUAAAUACGACUAUUCGCCUCCAUUUGUGCAAAGAACGAUCGGAAGACCUCGUUCUGGACGUGGUCGUGGCAGAGGUGGAUCAAAUAGUGUAGUUAAUUUGUUUAGUAGUGGACAUAAAGCAACAACUACAGCAACAACGGCAUCAAGUACCCUAACACGACAAAGGUCAAAUACUCCAAACACCAAUAUACAACCUGCAACCACAAGCUCUGCCGUAACCAGAGGACGUCGAAGAAGAGGCCGACAAAAGGGUUAUAAUAAUAUAACCAAAAAUCCUGUUAAUGUUUUGGCUUCCAUACGUAAGACUGGUUCUAAGAAGGGAGUACUAGAGUUCGAUGUAGACAAUGUAGCUAUGGACGCUCUAAGAAAAGCUACCACGGAUUAUGUUAAUCCUAAACUAUUGGAAUGGCAAAUAGAUAAGUUUCUCACACUUGCAAAUAAGGACUAUGAAAACGAAUUGUUAACACCCGCGGUUAAUCUCACAACGCCACCUGAAGAACACGAAGUGGAGGGCGUGAACGAGCCAAAGGAGGAGGAGGAAGUUGACGAGGACGAAGCAGCGGUAGCUGAGGAGCAAGAGUUGCUGGAAACUGUUAAAACUGAUACUAAUGAUGCUGCUUUAAAUCUAAACACCCCACCUGCCACUGACUACUUUUCAAGCGAUUUCGAUCUGUGUGAUUUGAUUAAUCAAAGUACGGAACGUUUGCAGCAUGAAGGCGAUAAUAUGGGUCAUCUUGAUCGUAGAACAAAAAAAUUCAGCAUUUUCAAUGCGAUGCACAUGAACAAAUACUAUCGCAAGCGUAAAAAUCCCAAAUGUAAUCGCACGGGUUGGCCCAAGGUGAUCAAAAAGAAAGCGGUAACGCGGCAACAGUCAAUGCAAGAUAAAAUCUAUUUCCUACAAAACGGCAACAUACGAGAAGAAUGUUGUAAGAAAAAAAUCGGCAUAAAGCAAGAAGUGAUGGGCCAUAAUAUGGCCCUAGAUGAAGAUGAAACUACACAGGAGCAGGACGCCAGGGAAAGUGGUGUGAUAACGCCACCCGAUUCUGAGAACGAGAUGGAAGACAAUGUAAAGCUGCCAAGAGAACAAAGCAAAACGUUUAACGAAAAUGAUGAAGAAAGUGUGCUAAUGGAAGAUGAUUCCCAAAUGGAGCUCAAUGAUGACUCACAAACGGCCAACGAUGAUGAUGACGAUGAAGAUGAUGAGGAAGAUGACGACAUGGAAGAGCCUGACAGGGUAAUAGAAGAAGAUAAUGAAACAUUGGCAGAUUCUAUAGAAGAUGAAGAAGAGGAGGAAGAGGACCAGCAAAGAGAAACAAAGGCCGAUUCAGAUGAAGAUGCUGAUAUUGAAGAGGCCGACGAAGAUGAGCAGCAUAAUGGGAGAACAGAUCAAGAUCAACCCAAAAGCCUGGACUUUAGCAAAAAACACAAUAAGAAAUGUAAAAAAGUUAUACCUAAAAUCAUUGAAAACGAUGAUGAAGAUUCCUAUGAGCCACAAGAAAAACGUUUACGUUGCGUACCAGAAAGUCCAGUGGAAAAAAUGCGAAAUCUAUUAAAUCCCAACAGCGCGCACACCUCCACUCCUAUAACACCCUUUAUGCGAGCCCUGCGCCGUACACCCCAACUCAAUGGCAGCUUAGGAAGUUGCAUUAGUCCCAGCGAAAAAGCCGGCGAUAAUUCCGAUAUUUUUACUGUUUCCUCAGAUGGUUUAGAUACCGAUAUGGAUUUAAGCAAUUCUCAUUCCCAACUUCGAACCACACAAACAACACAUGCCAGCAUCGAUGAAGAUGAACAUCACCACCAGCACCAUCAACACUCCUCUUUGCAUAAUAACAGCAACAGCACCACCAACACCGUUACGCCAAAAAGAAAAUUUGAUAUAUCGAAAUAUGCACCUACCAAUGCGGCCACCUGUGCGGCAGAGGCUGCCACAGCAGCUGUCAAAUCAUUGGCCAUUUCUCAGUUUCUAAAGAAAGAAGUCCGUGUCACCUGCAGACGUUUGCGAGCACCAUUUAGACGUUUUCGUUACCGUAGAUAGGGUCAGGGUUAUAUUUUAAUACCCAUAUUUGACUGAAAAUAAAUAAAUAAUUAACCAAUAGUAGUUGUUACAAAAAAAAGUAAGAAGGCUCAUUGAAAAAUAAUAAUAAAUUCCUAAAGAGCUUACAUAAAAUUACUAACAAAAAAAACCUUGUUGUACUGUAUUCAUAUAGAUUUUUUAACAUACAUUAUAUUUAUUGUAAUUUAUUAUAAAGUAAAAGCAAGUAAAAAUAAAUUAUAAACUUUAAAUUAGAAUAAAAUGUGUAAAAAGAACAAAAAACCAACAACAAAAACAUAAACAUAAAUAUAAAUAAAUAAACCAA